CUUUGAAGUUUGUGUUUGUAACAUGACACAAUUUGAAUGCUAUGUAAAUUUGUAACAACUACUAGUACUACCUGUUGCAUCAAACCGUUUUAGUUGUUUGUGUUCUUGGUUUUUAAUUAUGUAUGGCCAUCUAGUGGCUGAUGCCGGAACUGCUUAAUGAAGUCUGAGUGUAGUUAAAAAGACAUUAAUUUCUGUUUCUUCAGCUAUCGGCUCUCCGUUCAAGCCUAUGGAAAGCUAUCAGUACUCGGCUGUAGAGCGCAACAACUUGAUGAGGCUGUCUCAGAGCAUCCCCUUCACUCCUGUGCCCCCUAGAGGGGAGCCGGUGACGGUGUACCGUCUGGAGGAGAGCUCCCCAAACACAAUCAACAACAGCAUGUCCUCCUGGGCCCAGCGGGGCCUCUGUGCCAAAAUAGAGUUUCUGAGCAAGGAGGAGAUGGGCGGAGGACUCCGACGGGCUCUGAAGGUCCUUUGCACUUGGUCAGAGUACGACAUCCUGAAGCCUGGACACCUCUACAUAGUCAAGUCCUUCCUGCCUGAGGUGGUCCAGACAUGGGAGAGCAUCUACAAGGAGGAGACCGUGUUGCAUCUUUGUCUCAGGGAAAUUCAACAGCAACGAGCUGCUCAGAAGCUGACGUUUGCCUUCAAUCAAAUCAGGCCAAAGACAAUUCCUUACUCACCGAGGUUUCUGGAGGUAUUCCUGCUGUACUGCCACUCAGCUGGCCAGUGGUUUGCCAUUGAAGAGUGCAUCACCGGCGAGUUCAGGAAGUUUAACAACAACAACGGAGACGAGAUCGUUCCCACCAACCUUCUGGAGGAGACCAUGCUGGCCUUCAGCCACUGGACGUACGAGUACACCCGGGGAGAGCUGCUGGUGCUCGACCUGCAGGGCGUCGGGGAGAUCCUGACGGAUCCGUCUGUCAUUAAGAGCGGGGAGAAAGGAUCGUACGACAUGAUAUUCGGACCUGCCAACCUUGGAGACGAUGCCAUCAGAAACUUCCGGACUAAACACCACUGCAACUCCUGCUGCCGGAAACUCAAACUUCCUGAUCUAAAAAGGAACGACUACACACCAGAUAAGGCUACCUUCCCACAGGAUGACCCGCCCAACCCAGGGGGCGGAGUCAAAGAUUCCCGCCAAUCGAUGAGACUGAUGCUGUGAUCAGUGAGACAGUUUUAUGUGUGGCUGUCCGCGUGUUGGUGUGUGUUUUUGAGGGGCGACAGAGUUGUAUUUUUUUUUCUUUGUUUUUUUUCUCCAUCUAUUUCAAUCAAAGCCAAGGAGCAGGAAGGAGAAGCCAACGAACUGGAAGAAUUGCCGCUGUGUUUCUUGUGCAUGCAGACAUUUGCUAUCGUAAUCGUUCCGUUUUUAGACACCAGGAGAGGAUUUUUAAAAGCAUUUUGUACACGUUUCUGAACGUAUAUGUACACACAUGCGUACAUAUAUGUAAGCUGGAUAUAUAAACAGGUACAGUAUCAUUGCGGAGGCUUUAUUUAUUUUAGAAGUUUGAGAAGUUGCCUUGUUUCACCAACAAAAAAGCGUUUUUUUUUUUAAAAAAGAACAAAAUCAAGUGCAUUGUAGAUCUGUUACAGCAGCUUCAGACAGGACAACCUGCUAAGACAGUCGCUGCAACUUCGCAGAUUGCCACCGUAUCACGUCUUUUUAAAUGUUUAAAAACGUGUUUUUUUUUUUUUUUUUUUUGUCUUUUUAGCUAAUGAUAAGAAAUACAUGAAUUUAAAACUCUUGUAAAAAAAUAAUGAUUAAAAAAACCUAUGGGCAGAUUGCAAUGCAACUUUUACAGAAAAAAAAUGUAUGUAAUUUUAUUGUAUUGAAAGUGUGUCCAUCAGAAUUUUCCUUUUUAGUUUUUAUUGUUACAGAGGUACUAUUGCUAUAUCUUUGUCAUCAGCUAUUGUAUGAGCAAAAACUACAAUCCAGUGUAUCUUAUAGAUACAGAUAUGUGGCAUGAGCUCAACAGAUUGAAAUAUUUUAUUCAGGGGAACUGACAAAUACAAGGGUAUUACUGUAUACAUUUUGUACUGAAUAUCAUUUUAAACAAAUAAAAUGUCAAACAUCA